AUGCUGACCUCGACGUCCUCUCGUCACUUUUGCUACAUCGUGGCAGCUGUUUCGGUGCUCUUUAUCGCACACUUACCAGCGUAUGCGAGACCAGGACCACGGGCAGCGCCAGCACCGCGACCAGGUCCCAGACCAGCGCCCAUUCCGCACGUGCCCUGGUCGCCCCUGCCCACUGGAGGUCUGGGCGUGAGCAGAAGGACAAGCGCAAGUUUGGCUCUCAUCGAUCGUCAGAGCUCGCCGCCAGGCUCCGACACCCUACGAGCUUCAGAGCCGGGAGGUCCGCUACAACCCCACUCUCAUUCUUCAGGCGUCUCGGACUCCUACGCAGACAAUCUCUUGCCGGAACCGCUUGCAGCCUGCUACAAUACCAAUUCGUCGUAUCAAGCGACAGAUCGACAACCGACGGUCAUCAACAAAACGUCUCCAGUCUCAAAUCCGCACUGUCCAGAGAAGCCUGAUCUGGGCGACGAGUCGGGUGACGCAACGGUACAGCCCUCCAGAUCAAAAAGCGCGCCUCCACCGACUCCGGGUCAGCAGAAUCCGGUUCCCAGUCCUUUGCCGAACCCAAGCCCGACCAAGUCGGGCACAGAUCCGACGUCAGCUUCAGCUUUGGGUCCUACAGCCCCUCUUCCUGCGCCAACGCCAAGUGUCGACCAGCCCACACCCACCACCCCGCCUAACAGCAGUGGCAUUGGCACAGACACCAGCGCAACGAACACGACGAUGCCUAGCUCCGCGCCGAACGCGACGGUCGCAGGGACUGCAGGUCAUGCGGACAGUGCCAUUAGACGCAAUCGUCCGCCCGCUUACGCCCUUGGCAUCGUGCCGACCUUGGUGCUAGCAACAGCAGCUCUCGUUGCGAUUGUCAUCCUGAUGGACUGGCUGUUGCUCAUUUUGUGA